CGUCGGUAGCUUCCGGUGCUAGCAGCGUUAGCUUCGUUAGCUUAGCCGUUAGCAUCGUUAGCUUGCGUGUGGUCGGUGUGUGUGUGAGUGUGUGAGUCUGCGCAGCAACAAUGUGUUCCGUGGAGCCUCUGAGAGAGUUUAUCAGAGAGAGACUAACUGCUGCUGCGGAGGAAAUCUGCUCCCAGCUGGAAAGAACCAUCGUCCGCUUCGAGGAGGAGAUGGACCGUCAGCGCAGACUGCUGGACCUCACCUGGAGAGCCCGAACCCACCAGAACCCCGCAGGCCUCCAGCAUCACUUCACCUGUGAGGAUCUUCCUGCUGACCAGGGCAGGAGCUCCAGUCCGGCCCAGGAGGCACCAGAACCUGAACAGGUAACCAGAGAGCUGGGAGAAGUCUGCACCAAUCAGGACGAAGAGCUCGUGCUCAAGCAGGAAACAGAUGCCAUCAUGGUGACUGUUGGUUAUGAUGAAAGAGAGCACAGCGAACCAGAUCUGAGCAGUGACCAGCUUCUCUGUCAGAACCGUUGUGAAGCUGAGAACCAAAAUCAGGAGGGAAGAGUUAACGAUGCGCUGCAGCCGAGGAAAAAAGCUGAGAAAACCAGAAACCCCAGUGACAGACUGCACCUCCUUUCAAAAAGCACAGAGAAGAACCCGCAUCCUUGUCCCAUUUGUGGGAAAUGUUUUGCCAAGAACAGCUACUUGACCAAACACAAGCGGAUCCACACGAGUGAGAAGCCGUUUGUCUGUGAUCAGUGCGGGAAAGCCUUCAGCAACACCAGCUACUUGGCUAAUCACAAAAAAACCCACAGCGGCAUGAAGCCUUUCGCAUGUCUCAUCUGUGGGAAAGUUUUCACUCAGCAAAUCCACGUCACCGACCACAUGAGGAUCCACACCGGAGAGAAGCCAUUCCCCUGCCCCACCUGCGGGAAAUACUUCAGGCAGAAAAGCAGCUUAAACAAACACCUGAGAACUCAGCACCAGAUGCUGGAGCCGUAGUUGGGUUCAGCAGAAGCCAAGUCCGACCCGAAGCUGGGAGCCACGCUGCGUGUCAGUUCUGCCGGGCUCUAAGCGUCAGGGUGGUUCUGUCACCUGAAGUCCAGUGAAGUGUAUUAAACUGCAGCUGGUCAGACGGAUAAAGUAGAACAAGAAUAUUUUUAAACAGCUUGUUUCUGUGACUUUCUGGCUUUUAGCCUCUCUGAUGAAGCCUGAAUGUUCCUCCACUCGCAGCAGAACCGGUCCUGACAGAGCUGGAGCUGUGAAGGUCUGCUGUGCUGCAGAAAUAUUCCCCAGAGUUCUGCUACUCUGGACUUAUUCCCAGGAUUUAAAUGAACCUGAAGCGUUUUUUUGAUGGAUGUUUCCCCGUUCAGCUCCAGCUGCUGCAGAGGAAACCCAGGAAGCAGCUCCUGCCAAAAAAAACAACAAAACAAAACGCUUAUUAAGAUAAAUUAAAUUAAUUAAAUUAAGUUUUUAGAUCCAAAAUCUCCUCUGCAAUCAUCUGUUGGGGUAGCAGCCUCAGAGCUACUGACUUUAUGAACCUCAGGAAGCUCAUUAAGAGGGCUGGUCUGUUCUGGGGACUCUUCUAGACCCUCUGGAGAUGCUGCAAAGAGGGAUUCUGCAUAAAAUGGUGGGGUGACUGUUAACUGGCGGGGUUGUCGGUUCGAUCCCCUGCUCUGACUGUCACCCCUCGCCUUAGUAUGUUAGAGGCUAACUAACAUAGCUCACCACCGUCAGGGUGUGAAUGGGUGAAUGACUAGUGUAAAGUUUUGGGGUCGUCGGACUAGUUAAAGAGCUACAGAAGUACGAGCCACUUAUCAUUUACCAAUGUGAUGGACAUUGUGGACAACCUUGAGCAUUCUCUUCAUCAGAGGAUUCACAUUGUGUACAACAACAAAGUCUCUUCAGUCAGAGGUUCUCCAGAUCUGCUGUAAGACAGACCGCUACAGGAGAUCCUUCCUGCCUGCAGCCAUCAGAAUCUACAACUUGUGGAAGAAACCCCUAUGAGUUACACCAGGAUUUAAUUUCCUUUAGGUAUUGAGAAGGUUAUAUUAUAUUU